AUGGCGACUAAAGACCCCGGCUUGGUCUCGCAGGCAGUGCGCCUGGCCUUCGAUGUCGCCAAUGGCCGUAGCAUCCUAUCGAAAUUCAUCCCACCAUGUCUGUUCCUCGUCGACGCGGUGCUUUGCGCGCUGAUCAUAUGGAAAAUCCCCUAUACCGAGAUCGACUGGACGACGUAUAUGGAACACAUCAAGCUGUAUGUGUCCGGCGAACACGACUAUACUGCUCUUACGGGAGCUACGGGGCCCCUUGUCUACCCGGCAGCUCAUGUCUACACGUAUACUGCGCUGUACUACCUGACGAAUGAGGGCAAGGAUAUCUUUCUUGCGCAGCAGAUAUUCGCAGUAUUGUACAUGGCAACGCUGGCGCUGGUUAUGGCUUGUUAUUGGAAGGCAAAAGUUCCACCCUAUGUUUUCCCCUUAUUAGUUCUCUCGAAACGACUUCAUAGCGUCUUUGUUUUGCGCUGCUUCAAUGACUGCUUCGCUGCAUUUUUCCUCUGGCUCGCCAUAUUCCUUCUCCAACGACGAGCAUGGACUGCCGGUAGUAUCGUAUAUUCGUGGGGUCUGGGUAUCAAAAUGUCGUUACUUCUCGUGCUUCCGGCCGUUGGGAUAGUUCUGUUCCUAGGACGGGGGUUUUCGGGUAGUCUGAAAUGUGCCGCGAUUAUGGCUCAGAUGCAGAUUGUCAUCGCGACCCCGUUUCUGCAGGCAAACGCAUGGGGUUAUGCGAGCAAGGCCUUCGAGUUAACCAGGCAAUUUUUCUUCAAGUGGACUGUUAACUGGCGUUUCGUGGGGGAAGAGAUAUUUCUCAGCCGACCGUUCUCAUUGGUGCUUCUGGGUAUGCACGCCGUGGUUAUAGCGGUUUUUAUUGUCGGUAAGUGGUUGAAGCCAGCUGGUAAGCCUCUAUCGGCAAUAAUCAUGCCACUCUUGCAGUUCAGCUCGCCCUUCAGUCCCCGAGAGGAGCCCCUAGUAGCUUCACGGGUGACCCCCAACUAUGUGAUGACGACCAUUCUUUCGGCAAACGUCAUCGGGCUUCUCUUCGCGCGUACUUUACACUACCAGUUCUACUCAUAUCUCGCAUGGUCCACUCCGUACCUCCUCUGGCGAAGCGGAGUCCACCCUAUCGUCCAAUAUGGGCUUUGGGCACUCCAAGAGUGGGCAUGGAACGUCUUUCCAAGUACCCCCAUUAGCUCGGGUGUCGUGGUUGGUGUCCUAGCUAUAACUGUCGCUUUGAUAGCUUUCCGGAAGGACGAAGAUGCAGCGCGGAUAUCUGAUUUUUCACAAGAACGCAAAAACGCUUGA